AUAUCUUUAAUAGCUGAGCAUUCGAACGAGCAGUCGAACAGUUCCAGACCACAGCUCAUAGGAAUACCACUUGUCCAGGCAUAUUGAUUUUAUUCUUCAAGAUGAAUUCAAUGCGAUUACUAAUACUUCUGACUUUCAUUUUAUAUGAAACACAGAGUGCUCCAAGUAUAAAACCUUUAAAGUUUUUAAAGUCUUUAAUAUCAAAACAUUUGCCAUCAACUACUGAACAGCCACUUUCGGAAGAAGAAAUAUACCCCGCAUAUAAAUGUGAAUCUGUCGAAGAGGGUGCCAUUGAUGAUUCAGUUAUUGAGUGGAACCGCCAAGUAUUUUUAGUAAAUGAAAAACCUAUUUUGAUAGAAGUUGGAAAUGUUGGACAAAUUCAAAAAGAAAAUCAUGAUGAAGACCUCACUGUUAGUCCAGAAAUUAGUCCCGAAGUGAACUGUGAAGGAAAUGCUGAAAUAAAUCCCGAAGUAAAUCUUGAAGUAAACCCUGAAGGACAUUUUGAGGAAAAUCCUAAAUUUAGUCCAGAAGAAGAACACAAAAAUGCAUACGAAAAAGAUUUAAACACACAAUGGUUAUUGGGUGAGAAUACAAGUGAAAAACUACCAGAAAUAAAUGUUGGUACGCCUUCAAUCAAAGAUAAAAUCAUUAAUAAAAUCAACAUCAUCAAAUCGAAGUUGAAAUUUAAGAAUCGUCUAGUCAUACCAAUUACUGAAUUGGUUGAAGACAACAAGAAUAAUGUUGAAUUUACUUCCGUAAACCCAAUCACCACAAUGGAACCCAUAACUACCGGAAACCCCACUACUGUGCAACACAUCUCUACUAUACAACCUGUUACCACAGGACAUCAAUACACCACAACUGUGCAACCGUUUACUUCCACACAUCCGGCAAUUUCAGCACAGUACACCACUACUGUAAAACCUGAAGGUUAUGUACCCGACGUACAAGUAAAUUAUGGCAUCGAAUCUCAAGAACCAAUCGUUACUAUUCCCACUCAAAAUCAAAUGCCUUUACAACCACAACAAAUCUACUACUCAGACUUAUAUUAUCCACCAUGGCUUACUAACUGCCCACCACCUCUAUCCCAUCAAAUUUGUUACCGCCAAAACAAUUAUUACGCACAAAGCCCCAAAUUUACCAAUACAUUGAACACAAAUCAAUUUAACCUCGAAAACACACCAUAUAAUACACCUGAAUACCAAAACCAAAAAAAUAACAAUGGUUUGACCAAAGUGAUAAACUAUAUCAAGAUCGACGCAACCCAACAAGUGAAUCCGAUUAAACCAAAUCAAGAUCAACAGUGGGUUCAUUAUACUUAUGAAAAUCCAAAACAUAUUAAUCAAAAUCCUAUAUCUUAUUAUUAUAAUUCUCCGACAGCCAACCCUGAACCACAGCCAGAAAUUAUAUUUCCUAGCUCCAAUGGUGUUGACCCCUCGUCAACCAUGCAACCGAUCGUUGUGUAUACCGUUGAUGCCAGUGCACUACCGAUUAACCAAUUAGAUCAAACACAACCAAAAUACAAUUUGGACCAGCUCUUGGGACCCGCAAAAGUGAAUUCCAAUGUUGAAGGUUCCCGUUAUCCGUUGAGGGGAGAUAUUCAAUUCGGUGAAGAUGUGAACCCCAAUAUUAAUUACGAUCAACCAGAAGGAGAUAAUUCCGAAUACACGUUGAAGGAACGUAGAAACGUAGGUCACUACAAUAGUGAUAGUAAGCUGGCUAAACCAGUAUUUGAACGAGCUGAAACCCUAACUUCAGCUAAUAAAAUCGAAAUGUCUACAGUUACUGAAACUAAAACACCGAUCACUAAAAUCGAAACACCAAUCGCCAACAUUGAGAAACCUGUGCACAAAAUUGAAAACCCUGACGUCAAAAAUGAAACACCUUCCGUCACUUCAACAGAAACACCACAUCUUGAAUCCAACGACUUCAACACAGGUGUUGAAUAAUAUAACUUAUAAAUUCCAAAAUUAAAGUGAUUUAAUCAUUGAAUUCACCAUAUUAUGUAAAUUAUUUUAUUUAUUCUGAUACAAUACUCAUUUGAAAAAAAUUAUGUACGAAGUUAUAUUCAUUAAACUAUUUUUCAUCUAAACGUUUUCAAGAUUAAAGUAGGUUAGCUUUAAAUAUUUUUAUUUAAGCAAGUCAGGCUUAUUUACAAUUAUGAUGUAUUUUAUGUAUAAUUAUAUUAUAUAGUAAAUACAAUCCUCAGUUUAAAAUAGGCGCCAGAUUGAAAUGCCUCACACAAUAGAAACACAUAAUAAGCCAAUUUUUAUGAACAAUUGUUAUCGUACGUGAAAAUCCUCUAAAAAUUCGUUACAGUCUGGCUGAUUGUAAAUAGGCUAUUUAAAUUAUUAAAUUAUAUAUGUACCUAUAUGUUCUUUUUACAUUGUAAAAUAAAAAUUACAAUUUUUCGUUCAAUAUAUUUGAAAUAAUUAAGUCUGUCCGUUCCAAAAAAGUAUGUUUAGAUGCAUGAAAAAAUUGUUUACCAUUCAUUUAUGACAUUUUAUUAUAACCACUGUAAUGU